GAGCGAGACCUGCCUCGCGAUGCAAUAGAACUCGCACGUUUAUUUACUUGGAGGAGCAGGACAGCGAGUGGCCGCAUAACUCGCUUAAGAAGAAGCCGUAGCAGGGCUUGGAAGUAUCGACUGCAUGCGCCCGCCGAGCGGCUCAAUUCGGGCUGGACAGUGUGUGGCUGAAUACAGGUUGCCAUGGCUGAAGUGCUGCCUGGAGUGGUGAAGUGCGGCGCGUAUGACUAUGAUGACGGAACCCGAUACGUCGGCGAUUGGAACGCCAAGGGCCAGAAGCACGGCAUGGGUCACCUUGUGCUUCCGGACGGCACCCGUUACGACGGCGCCUUCAGCAAUGGUCUGUGCGGCGGCCUCGGCGUCAUGAGCUUCCCCGACGGCGCCAGGUUCGAAGGCGAAUUCAUGCAGGGCUGGUUCCACGGGCACGGAGUCUUCUUGCGGUCGGACGGCAUGAAAUUUGAGGGCGAGUUUCGCGGCGGAAGGAUUUGGGGCUUAGGCUUAAUCACCUUUAACGAUGACACCCACGGGUUUCCCCGCAACGAGGGCUACUUCCAAGAUUGUCGCUUUGUCAGGAAGAAGACCUGCCCUGACGUGAUCCAAAGAGCGCAGAAGGUGGCAAUGAUGGCCAGGGCGCAGUGCGACAACUAAUUCUCAAGUCAGCAACCCCACGGAAAUGCCAAAGAAUAAUUUUCUAAGACACACGGCACCAAGCAAGACGUUUUGUGCAAACUUUCCAAAUGAUAAUCAAUUUUUGUUUUGAAAUUGCUGUAAUUUAAAAUGGUGUCGAUGAUGCUGCCAAACAGAGCAAAUUUAAUUACUUCCAGAGUUGCUCGAAUGAGUCAUUAAAUUUAAUAAUGAUAAUGAACCAAUUUGUCUUCUUUUAUUAUAAUUAUA